UCGCAUUCAUGAGAAUUGUACAUGACACCAAUACAAACUCGAGCACAAAGAUGGCAGUAAAUAUUCCUAGUUGUAGUAAUGCUCCAUCUACAGAUGUUUUGUUAGGGAACCGCUUGAUUAAUAAUUCUCUGACCGGUAACGAAAGAAGAAAACAUAGAUACACGUUAUUUAUUGGAUAUGGAGAAGAAUCGGGGUCAUUGCUUAAACGCUGUGAGCAAUUAAAGUGUAAAUUAGGUAUCAAUACGAAUAUUGAAUUUUUAAAAUAUUUAGUCGAAUACUUUGAAGAAAGAAACCCUGAUUUCAAGCCUAUUGAUCAAACUGGAUUCGCAAACAUUAGUCAACCAGUUCCAAACACAGUAGAAGGUGAAAAAUGCAAUGAACAGUUAUGUGCAACAAAUGUUUCCAUACAACAGGAAGAAGAACCUUGUGGGAAAGAAAUUGAUGGAUCAACAAAAGGUAUUAAAGGUGAUGCAUGUCAAAGAAAUUAUCAUUUAAAAAGGUCACUCCCAUUUCAAAUAACAGAGGAAGAAAAUGUUAAAGUUAAAAAAAAGAUUACAGAUGUUAAAUGUUUAGUGGAACAUCAUGAAUUUUCCAAUGAGCAGCUCCUUGUGGAUAAUUCAACUCCUUUUUCUUCACCCAUGUCUUUCAAAGCUGUAAAGAUAAUAUUAAAAUAUAUGGAAAAUGUAAAAAGAGACAUAAAUUACUACCACGGAUUUAUUUCGUCCACUGAAAAACUACGAAAGUUUUUAGACGAAUAUCGCCAAGCGACAAACACAUCGUUUACUGUGAGAAGCUCAAGAUCUUAUAUUAAAAAGAGAGCACUGAAUGCAGUCAAAGCUCUUAAAAGCAAUACAUCAGAACAACAUGACUUAACAAUAGGUGCUACACAAAUUUUAGAAUGUAAUGUAAAAGAGGACGAAAAAGUGUUACAACACACACUCAGUAAUGAGAUUCUCAUAGAUACUGAAAAUGAAACUUCAGAGUCUGCUUUUGAAAUUGUCAGUAAGGAUAUAAGAGAGAGGGCAGUUGAUACUCCUGAAGAAAUAUUUGAAAAUAAAAACGAUAAACAAGCAGCGCAAGAAGACAUGUUUGAUGUAAAUCAAACUGGCAAGGAAAACUCUUUUGAAGAAAAUCAGUCGUUAGAUGAUAGCGUUGUAACAGGUCCAUUACGUUGGGAAUAUAUACUUGGUAAACCACCUAUUCCGUUUACAGGAGUACCUUUCUUUAUUAUUGGCAACACACAAUAUCAAUGUUUUUUUGCAACUGCUGAUGCGAGAACACAGAAGAGAAGAAGUGAAGUAGAGAAAACUGUGAAGGAGAAUCCCGGGAUAAAACCAAGAACGCGUCGCUCGUUAAAGCGAGAUUGCAAGGCUGUAAUGUGUAUAAAAAGUAUUGUGUCUUUUCCUGAAUUCACCGUGCAAGAGACGAUCAGUGAAGUGAAAAGUAAAAAGGGUUGUCGUAAACUAAAAGCAAAAACACUCGAUAAAAUACGAAACGCGGUGGAGAAAGGAGAAAGCAUUGGACAUCCCGCGUUUUGGGUGUAUAUACCACUACCAGAAGCGCAUUCAACACACGAUUUAGAAUCAGAAGCAGAUAAGGCUGUAAAUCUAGAAAAUGUGGACGAAAUAGCUCAAAUUUUAAAUGCAGCUGCUCAGUACGGCGGACCAGUUCAAGUCGUGCAAAAAAGUGGUGACAUUGUGGAGUUUCAAAUUACCGAAAUGUCUGAUGGGAUAGAUGAUGCAACACAACAAAUUGCUAGCCAGUUUUUAUGUUUCAGUGAACAUCAAGAAGCGCAAGAAACGUGAUAUUUGCCUUUACCGUCUUUUGUUCUCUUAAAUUAGUUCUGUAUUUCUUUCAAAUCUUUUAACAAACUCGUUUUUACUGA